AUGAACGUGUACGAUGAGAUUUUCGACGCUACAAAAGUCUCACAUGCGUUAUUGGGCCGCCUGACGUCGGAGACAGACGAUCAGUUGGUAGUUGCAAGGUCGAAUGUACUCUCCGUCUUCAAAGCAGUCCAUGGAAAACUACUUCUAUGUCACGAGUUCAAGCUUCAUGGCCGUAUAACAGGUAUGGCCCUAGUGGAUCAGAUGCAAAGGCCCCUGCAAUGUUUGAUCUUGAGCACAGGUAGGGCCAAACUAUCGCUCGUUAGAUUCGACCCUCAUAAACCAAUGGGGAUGGAAACACUGAGCUUGCAUUACUACGAGACUGAAUUCUCCAAAAGGAGCUUGCUAGAACUUGCCCGGGAGUCUAAACUAAGAGUAGACCACGAAAGACGCUGUGUUCUUCUGUGCAACAAUGACAUGUUGGCGAUCUUACGGUUGGGGACAAACGAAGACGAGGAAGAGGACAAUGGUGCUGCUACUCUCCCGGUACCAAAAAAGCUAAAACUAGAGAACGGAAUGAGCUCCUCGCACCCAAUUGCUCAGAAAAGUAUUAUUCUGAAUGUCAGCGAGUUGAACUCUGACAUCAAGAACGUGAUGGACAUUCAAUUUUUGAACUCUUUUAACAAACCAACCUUGGCCGUGCUGUAUCAACCGCGACUGGCGUGGAGCGGAAAUGAAAAGGCGGUAUCGAAAACCUCGAUGAAGCUGAUAGCUAUUACCCUGGACAAUUCAAAAAACACCACUCUUUACCAGGUCAAGGGGAUACCACACGACGUUCACACGAUUGUUCCCUUGAACAGUUCGUGUGUUCUAGUAGGUAUCAACGAAAUAAUCUGCGUAGACAAUACGGGUUCGUUGCAAUCUACUGUUCUAUUGAACAGCUUUGCUGAAAAGCUGACUAGGUCGAAGCAAGUGGACAAGAGAUCUUUGGAAGUGAUGUUUGAGGAGCCUGUAACGUGGACAUCAGCCAUGGUGGCUAAAGACACAGAAAUUUUGAUGCUUAUGGACCACAAAGCUGAAAUGUAUUCGAUAAGCUUGAAAUCGGAGGGUAGGUUACUUUUGGACUUCUCUAUCGUCAAAUUACCCAUCACUAACGAAAUCUUUAAAUCUCAGCAUUUUCCAACCUGCAUAACUCCCCUAACAGGUGGAUUGAGUCUCAAAUCUUUUCAACUUUUCAUUGGUUUCUCAUCUGGUGAUGCAUUGCUGCUGAAGCUUAAUAACUUGCGUUCGGCAUUCGAAUCGCGGGAGACACGGGAGAUUGAAUUACAGCCCGAAGAAGAUGAUGAGUAUGCUUCCCUAUACGGCGAUGACGAAGGUAUUUCGAAGCCUUCUCCUGAAAAUAAAAUGUUAGUGGAUAUGGUUAUUCCAUUCGAUAUAGAAGUAACGGACCGUCUGCUCAACGUGGGGCCUAUAACAAACAUGGCUGUAGGAAAGGAUUCGUCAAUAGAAACCACAGUUCAAGGGCUUUCCAAUCCCAACAGAAAUGAGCUCGCCAUUGUUAGCACCUCCGGCAGUGGGAAUUUCUCUUGUUUGAAUGUUAUGGAACAAAGUGUUCGCCCUUUGGUUCAGCAAGCACUCAAAUUUACGUCAGUCACAAAAAUUUGGAAUCUGAAGAUAAGAAAGAAGGACAAGUAUCUGAUCACUACCGAUUCAGGUGCUGAUAAGACAGAUCUCUUCGAAAUUGGACAGAAGAUUACUUCGAUCAAGCCUCAGCACUUUAAAAGAAAUGUCACGACGGUGGAGAUCGCUGUUAUUGGACGAGGAAAACGAGUAGUGCAUGUUACUACAAAAGCUGUAUAUUUGUUCAAUCUAGGGUUCAAAAAGCUAAUGACAAUUAGUUUUGAUUUUGAGGUUGUCCAUGUUUCGAUUUUGGAUCCUUUUAUUCUUCUUACAAACUCCAAGGGUGAAAUCAAGAUAUAUGAGCUUGACUCGAAGCACAGAAACAAGUUGACGAAAGUUCGACUUCCUGAAGCUCUGGAAGAGAUGAUUAUAACUUCAGGUGUAAUCUUAAAGAGUAAUAUUUGCAACGAUUUUAUGCCGACGUUGGAAGAGUACGAAAAAGAUAAAGAACAACUUUUGUUCACCUUUGUAGCAGCAGACAAUCAAAUCAUCUUUUUCCCCAAAGACCAUCAUGAUCGAAUAUUCCAACUGAAUGGUGUGGAUAAUCUUGACGAAAUGCUAUUCAUUAGUACAUACCAGCUUCCAGAGGAAAUUGUUCCUGAUCCAUGUAUCAAGCAAGUUAUGAUUAACAGGCUGGGUAAGGAUGGCAAGGAAGAUUUUCUCACGAUCCUGACGUUUGGUGGUGAGCUGUACCUAUACAGAAAGUUGGGAAACAAAUUUUUCAAAGAGAUGCAGUCUAAUGAUCUACUUAUUACUGGUGCCCCUGGAAAUGCGUAUGCCAAGGGUGUUAGUUCAAUUGAGAGAAUUGCUCACUAUAUCCCGAAUUUUAAUGGCCAUUCGAUCAUUUUAGUCACCGGUAGUGUCCCAUACAUGAUAAUAAAGGAGGACGUCUCCAAACCCAAAAUAUUCAAAUUUGCCAACAUCCCAUUAGUGUCUCUUACUUCGUGGGGUGACAAUUCGGUUUUAUGUGUUGAUGAUAUCAAAAACGCUAGGAUUGUCACUUUAGACACGACCUUCUUUUAUGGCAAUAGACUGCCAGUGAAAAGGGUGAACAUAGAGGACGCAUUGUCCAAUUAUGGCAGCUUGAAUAACGUUGCCUAUCAUGAAAGAACCGGCAUGUACGUAGCCUCAUUCAACAAAAAAAUUGAGUAUGAAGCUAUCAGUGAAGACGGACAGAAGAUGGUUGGAUGUAACGAUAAUGUUAUUCAUGCUCAAGGGUUUGAAUCAGGCAUUCUCUUGAUUAACCCCAAGACGUGGAAUGUAAUUGACGUAUUGAGCUUCUCGAAAAACUCCCUCGUCAAUGACAUGAAAACAAUGUUGAUUCAAACGAACUCUAGGAUGAGGAGGAAACGUGAGUACUUGGUAGUGGGCAAUACUUUUGUGAGAGAUGAAGAUUUUGGCACGAUGGGAUCAUUUUAUCUCUACGACAUUACAGAGGUCGUGCCAGAACCUGGGAAACCUGACACGAAUUACAAGUUGAAGGAAAUUUUUCACGAGGAGUUCAGAGGUGCGGUUUCCAGCGUUUGUGAAGUUAGCGGGAGGUUCCUAAUUAGUCAAGGUCAAAAAGUUUUAAUUCGGGAUGUGCAAGAGGACAACUCGGUUGUCCCCGUUGCUUUCAUGGAUGUUCCAGUAUUUGUUACGGACGCCAAGAGUUACGGGAAUUUGUUGAUAAUCGGUGACGCUGCUCAAGAAUUUCAAUUUGUAGGCUUCGAUGCUGAGCCUUACAGGAUGAUUCCCCUCGGAAAGAGUGUUUCCGGCCUCGAGGUCAUGAGUUUAGAAUUUUUAGUAAACAAUGGGGAAGUCAAUUUCUUAGUUUCGGAUAGAAAUGACAUUCUGCAUGUUUUGAAAUAUGCGCCCGACGAACCGAAUUCGCUGUCUGGGCAAAAAUUGGUCCAUUGCUCAAGCUUCAAUUUACACAGCACCAACUCUUGCAUGAAACUUAUCCCAAAAAAAAACGAGUUCCCGCAAAACUUCACCCCUCCUCAAUUCCAAACUAUAGGAGCUAACGUCGACGGUUCUAUUUUCAAAGUGGUUCCAUUGAGCGAAAGCGUAUAUCGACGACUAUACGUGGUGCAACAGCAUUUGAUAGAAAAAGAAAUUCAAUUGUGUGGAUUAAAUCCUAAGAUGGAGCGUUUGGAUAAUCGCUUCUAUACACUGGGACACGCUUUGAGACCAAUGUUGGAUUUCACGAUUAUCAAAGGGUUUAGUUCCUUGCCUAUAAACAAAAGAAAACAGGUAGCUGCAAAGGCGGGGCGUCAAGCUGACUUUGAGAUAUGGAGGGAUUUGAUUGGUGUUGAGUAUUCAAUGCACUCCCUCUGUUCUUAA